AUGAGCUACGCGUUCCGUCGCGUAUGCCUGCAACUCCCUGCCAGCUUCGGACCUAAGCAUGGUCCUCUGCGUCAAGCUUUCCGCCCAGCCGGACCCGGCAUUGUCACAAGACAGAUCCCGAUGAGCAGGCGCGCGUUUGGGCUCUCCACGAGACGGCAAGGCGAUCUCGACGAGGCCAAGGCGAAGAAGACCAACCAAGAUAACUUGAGCAGGGAGGAGGAAAAGGAGAAGCUGGAGCGCGACGAGCAGAUCGCCUUGAGAAAACAAGAGGAAAGGCCAUGGCACCGCGCUGGAGAUGAGGUUGAGCAGCGGGAGUCGUCCAAAGAUCCCACAAAUGGCGAUAAGACCCGCGGACGACUACUCACAACACCAACGAGGCUCCUGAAGCUUAUUUUGCCGUUGCCGUUCCAUGCAGAACAGGCACGAAACAUCCAGACUACCAGAGAAGACAAGGACGACGAUGACAGGGAUCAAAUCGCCCCGCUUGCCCUCCUCGUCCACCCUCAGCAGCCGCUAUCAUACCUCGAGAGACUCCUUCAGGCUGAAAUUCCACCCAUCGACGAUGGCCGCCGAGAACGCAUCCCCAAGAUAUACUUCCGAGCAGAGGCAGAUCACCAGGAUGGCAAGGAGGACAAGAGUGCAUCACAGAAGAAAGAGGGCAAUGUCGCCUCUUACUCGGGUCUAGGUCACAAGGGCCCAAAGAAGGAUCGCGAUGACACGAACUGGGUCAGAUGGAGUAGCAGUACCGAGGUCGGCGACUUCAUUCGAGACGCUGCCCGUGGUCGAGAGUUCUCGAUUGGCAUCGAGGGCUACAAACAGGAGUUGCGUGUAGCUGUGCCGAGCUUCAAUGACCGCACAUACUACAUGCGCGUUCGACUACGGAGAAUGUCUCGCCGCGUCGAAGAGUUGGCGAAGCUCAAGCAAGAAUGCGACACCCUCGCGCACCGUGGAGCGCAUCGCAUGGCACAGGGAGGAUUCGGCCUCCUCGCCGGCUGGUGGGGAGUCGUGUACUAUGUCACCUUCCACACCGAUGCCGGCUGGGACCUCGUUGAGCCGGUGACAUACCUGGCUGGCUUGUCGACCAUCAUGGGCGGUUACUUGUGGUUCUUAUACAUCAGCAAGGAUCUCAGCUAUAAGGCGGCCUUGAACAUCACCGUCUCCAAGCGACAACAGGCGCUGUACCAGGAGCGCGGCUUUGAUCCCUCUGCGUGGGAGGCGCUCGUUCACGAAGCCAACUCAUUGCGUCGCGAGGUCCGCUUCGUGGCAACUGAGUACGAUGUCGACUGGGACGAAACAAAGGAUCUUGGCGGCGAGGAAGUAAUGGAAGUUCUAGACAAAGAGAAGAAGGGGAGACGCAGAAACGACGAAGACGAAGACGAU